AGUGUGAAGAAGAGAGAUAGAAAGGAAGAGAGAGAAGAAAAGGAAAGGCAAGGCUGUCGGCGAUGAUCGGAGACGUGCGUUGCAUUAAAAAAGCACAACGCGGCCAUUGAUUAUCAGUGAAAUGGGAGCGCAGCGUCGCGAAUCCUGCACAGCGCCGUCAAUGGGCACACUCUCAAUGGAGGACACACGACUAACACCACGCCACAGCCUUGGAUAUGAUGCUACUAAAGACACUGAAGACACAGCUCUUAUAAUGGUGACUGUCGCAAGGUAAAAAAACCCUAAAUAAAAUCGUCGUUUUUUAUCAUUAUCGGACAGCGACGAGAGAGAGAGCGACAGAUUCUUUGUGUGCAGAAAAUCCGAGAUUGGUUUAACAAUGGAAUUUUGACAGCUGUAAAUUCCAGCUGUUUUGCCACCGUUGCAAAGGAGAAAACGGAUUAAAGAUCACAGCUCAGGCAGCCGUGCGUGAUGGAAGAUAUGCCGAAGAAAUAUUAAGGAGAUUUAAGUAUAACAAGACAAGGAGCUGUUAUGUUGUGCUUCUGCUACAUUUGAUCCAAGAAUGUAAGUCGGACCUGGUACACCAUAUUGAAUUUUUGUUGUGGAAAUAGCUGAACAAAAUGAUGGACUCUGUUGAAUGUAGACCCUCGAUGCACUUCCACUGUAUUUAAACUCCUAGGCAGAUUGUCGGAGAAUGUUGCUGGGGUGUUCGAGGCCGCCACAUGUAUAGUCACCCACUUAAUCAGCAUCACUAUGCCCACAAUGCAAGAUCCUAUUAUGAAUUAUAACUUGAGUGCAUUGCCUUGGGACCCUGGUGCCCUCCAGCCAGCCUCGUUGACAAGCAGCGCUGUGAAGAUGGUGGCAAUAUCAGCUAUUGUGUGCAUGUCUCUGUUUGGCAAUGUGGUGGUUCUGCUGGUGUUCCAAAGAAAGCCACAGCUACUGCAUGUGGCCAACCGCUUCGUGCUCAAUUUACUGCUGGCUGAUCUUCUACAAACGGUGCUUGUAAUGCCAUUUGUUAUUGCUGCCACUGUACCUGAGGUUUGGCCACUGGACACCCGUCUGUGUCAAGCCCUGGUGGUGCUCAUGCACCUUUUUGCUUUCACUGGAGUUAACACUAUUAUCGUCGUAUCAGUGGACCGCUACCUGGCCAUUAUCCACCCGCUGUCAUAUCCUACACGCAUGACACCUCACCUGGGCACUAACCUGAUCGCUCUUACUUGGCUGUUAAGCUUGCUGCAGAGCACCCCACCUCUCUAUGGCUGGGGAGCUAUUGAUUUCGACCGACACCAUAAUGCCUGCACCAUGGUGUGGUCCUCCAGUCACUCAUACUCAGCAAUGGUGGCCACUCUUUCCUUCUGGUUGCCUGUGGCCAUCAUGCUUGGCUGCUACUGGAUGGUGUUUAGGGCAGCCCGGCGGCAGAAUGCUUUGGUGCACCCUAUUCAAACGAACCACCCUCCAGACUUAGUGUCCAGUCCCCACGAGCAGCAACAGCAGCAGUUCCAACAUGAAGGUGGCUCGUUCACAGCCACAAAUCCUGCCAGGAACAGGCAUCGACGCUUCCACUACCACUGCAAGGCAGCAAGGGUGGUUUUUGUCAUCAUGGCCUCCUAUGUGUUUAGCAUGGGACCGUACAGUGUUUUGAGCACCAUUUCCAUAAGUUCCCGCACUGUUGUGCCACCAUGGCUAGCCUCACUGGCACUUGUCCUCUUUUUCCUGCAGUGCUGCCUGCACCCUUACAUCUAUGGCUACAUGCACCGUAGCGUGCGCAAGGAGUUCUUGGCGCUGCUCUGUGGGCCACGAUGUGGACAGGCCCAUCCAGUGCGAGGUUCGGCUGUGGACAGCUGCUUCACAGUAACAGAUGGGAGGUCAGCACAGAUGCAUAUCCCCAGCCACAUGACCCGCAUAUGUUCGCUCCAGACUUGGGAGGAAGGGACAUCAUCAUCCUCACCAAUAACCCGGAGAUCAAGGGAGAGCCACAAAGAGACGACGUCUGUGAGCCUGAGCUCUGAGAAGGAGCUUACUCUGAAUAGCAUCAAGUGAAACUAUUGUAGUAUCAUGUAAUAUGUUUGAGACAAAUGAAGACAUUCGUUUGCAUGACAGGCUCAGUAUUAAUUAGUCUAGAUAAGUUUAUGUCUUAAAGAUGUCUGAAUGACCAGGAGGUUUCAUCAGUUUUACCUCUGUAUAUGACUAGACUGUCAGAAUGCCCUGGGGGACAAAAAAUAAAUUAGACAAUAGUGUUUAUUGGCUGCUAUAGUGGUUAGUAGUUACUAUUUGUCAGUUUCUUAAAAGUGAGAAGACAGAAAGCUCCUGUACCUCUGAUAUUUUUGUUAACACCUGUGUAAGUGGUGGUUGCACAUUGCAGAAAUGCUAUGCCAAUGUUCUCAAUGGAAAAAGGUUGUGUAUUUGAUGGCCUGUUGAAAUUGAAAUAUUAUGACGUUCUAGGUAUGUUAAAUGUAGUAUAUUUUUUACUAUUUUUUGAUAUAGUUGGGAUUUACGUUAUUUUGUGAUGCAAUGUGCAAUAUUUGUAAAUUCAACCAAAACACGUAUUCUGGGUCCAAACAUUUUUAAAGAAAAGGAGGAACGUUGAUGUUUAAACAUUGAGAUGUAAAUCUUGCUGUGGUGCCCCAGCUGCAUGACAUGAGAAUGUGGGAAAAAAAGGAACAAGUUUCAGAACGAUAACAAAAGCAGAUGGGUUUUAGAACAUCAGAAUUACAGGUGAGCAAGAGAAAAUUUCCACAAGACGUUUAUUCAAAUUUUAAACGUAUGCAAUGCUGGAAAAUUAACCCACAAUUACACUUUACCUGAAACCCUGAUUUCAUGUGGCGGUUGCUGGUGUUCCUCAUGAAAGCCUCCAGUGUGCAAGUUUUAGUACAGUGUGCACAUUGGCUUAGUUCCUGACCACUGAAAUGACCUUUGCUGGCUCUAAAGCAGUCUUUAAAAGGGCUGUGUAGUAUCUCACUGCCUUUAAGAAAAACAUAAUGGAGUAUGCUCAACAAAUGUUCAAAUGGGAACCAAUCCUCAUCGGCACUUAAUGUUCUGGAGUGUACCACAGCAUGAGGAAAACUCUUUUGCGUCUGUAUUCAGUUGCACAUCAUCAUCAAAAUAUGUUAAGAUCAGAUUGCCUUACACUGAUAUACUGUACUGGACUAAAUUAUCGUGUUACUUUGACAUAAUACGCACACAUACUUCUGGCCCUGUUUAAAAUGCUCACAGCAUGAUCCAUGGUGCAGUAUUUAUUUGUAUUUGGCUGAAACCAAUAUCACACUAAUGCUUAAUGAAUUUUGUUUUGUGCUGCCCUACUUAGCAAGUAAAGGCCAGAGCAAUAUUCAUUCAUGUUAAGCGAUGAACCAGGGAGAUCAAAAGGCUGACGAGACUUUCACUACUGGCUAGUGAAUAUAAACACUGGAAACAUUUCCUCUUUAUAGACAAAAAAACCUCAGUUUAUAUUAGUUUAUUAAUUGUCUGACUCUUUUAUUAAAGUGGCAUAGCCUUAGGACACACAUUACCUGUUUUUCACAAUAUAGUCAAUAGUGUGUCUGCUAUUUUUUUAUAUGCAUUAUAAUCCAGACUGUUAAGCUUACAGUCCCAGCAAAUGUGGGCCAAACAAUGACACUUAUAAAGGUGCAUGUUUUGGGAAAAGAGAUGAAACAAGUUACUGUUUGUACCUCUCACAUAACUUGGAAAUCAGUUACGCAGUCCCUGGUCUUGGGGACAUCUUGCACUGUAUAUUUUAUUUAAUUUAUUUAUAUCAAUUGAAUUGAAUCAAAAUGUAUUCAUUAUUUAUUCUUUUUUUUUAAACAAUGCACAUAAGAUAAACAGCAUCAUAAAUCUAAACCCAUACUAAUGUACUUCUAAAUGAAAGGAUUAUUGGAUGAACCUUCGACAUUCGUGUUUUCAACAUGGUUAUAGCCUGCCAUUUUUACAUAAAUGUUAAAACGCACACACACGCACACACACACACGCCAGUCACUUGAUGACUCUAUCCAACCAACAUUCCUUCCUCUUUAGUAUCAAACAGUAAACGAGUAAACAAAUAAGAUCCUUAUAAUGCAAGGCAUUAAAAAAUACUUGUACUUAUAUUAAGAAAUAAAUUGUUUUAAACGAUGUAGAUGAAUAUUGUAAUGAUUUAUAUUGUGCUUUAUUUUUGUUUCACGAUCUUUCGGUAUAGCUCACAUGAUUUUCUGAAGCUCAGUAGCAGCUGUGAGCAAUUAAAAUUUCUUGAAACAAAGCUUUACCGUAGUCGUCAUUGCUUAUUGCUCUCAUGCCUCUCUGUCAUUUAUUAAAUCAGUUACUUUCAUUGUUUUACUUGUAAGUCAGUGUGGGUUAUUCAUAAAUAUGAAAUAGGUUGAUCCAAUUAUUAGUGAUAAACAAUCUUGUUUAUCCUUAUUUUUUUAUUUACAAACCUUAUCAUCAUUUGGCUAAGAAUAUUUUUAUAAAACAGAAGUAAAAUGACACUGAAUUUCAUGUUUUAACAAUCAAAUUAUAAAACACAGUAGAAUGAGUUAUUAAUAAUAAAAAAGGGGGAAAAAAAGGAAGAA